AUGAGUAAGAAUAAUGGAAACAAUGGUACGGGGGUUACAGAACCAUCUCAAAAUGAAGGAAGUAGAAGAAUUAUUUACGAUGACAAGUUUCAAAAGGAAAAUUGGAAAAAUCUACUGAAAUCAAUCAAUAAACUAAUACAUGAUUUUUGGAUUUUUAAUGUUAAAACCACAAUUUUUCGUCUUUGGAAAUUAAACAUUGUUAGAGGUCGAGGGUUACUAGUAAGAUCAAUAAUGAAAAAACAACUUCAAAAACCAAAAGAGACAUAUUUAUACUCAGCUUUAAUUAGUAAAAUCAAUUCACAUAUUCCAAAAAUUGGAAAAUUAAUUAUAAAUAGACUCGUAUUACAAUUCAAAUCAGGGUAUAUAACAAAUAAUUAUAAAUUAUGUUUAUCAUCAGUAACAUUUAUUGGUUAUUUGACUUUAAAUGAAGUUGUAAGUCACGUUUUAGUGUUACAAAUCAUACAAUUAUUACUAGAAAAACCUACAAAUUCAAGUAUUAAUUUAUCAAUUGAAUUGUUGAAAAUAACAGGAGAAUUCUUAAUUGAAAAUUCAAAUGCCGCAACUGUUAUGAUAUUAAAUAGAUAUAGAGAUUUAUUACAAGAAGAUGAAAAUUUAGAUAAUAAAACAAAAACUGCAAUCAAAAAUAUAUUAAGACAAGGGCAAUCUAAUUUUAGAUCUAAUCCUCCAGAUAUAAUAAAUAUAGUUGAUAACUGGGAUAAAGAAACUCACUUAAUUGAUAUAUCGGCUGAUUUGAAAUCUCGAGAUUAUUUGAAUUUAUAUACUUUUGAUGAGAAAUUUAAAAUUCAUGAAAAAGAAUAUAAGGAAUUAAGACGAGAUAUUUUGGAAGAAGAAAAUGAUGAUACCACAACCUCAGGAAGUGAUUCGGAUUCCUCAGAUAGUGAUUCUGAUUCCUCAGAAAGUGAAGAGAAAAACCAAAUAAUCCAAUCUAAACCCCAGCAUGAUGAGGAAAACCAAAUACUCCGGUCUGAACCCGAGCCAGUGCCCGAGUCAGUGCCCGAACCAGUUGUGUCAGAUUUAAGUCAAUCUGAACUAUUAAAAUUUCAAAAAGAAGUAUAUUUAACAAUAAUGUCAUCAAUGUCAUCAGAUGAAGCAGUAUUUAAAUUAUUAAAAUUAAAAUUUAAAGAAUCAAAUUUGAAUUCAGAAGAUAGUAAAAUUUUGUCAGAUAUGAUUAUAAAAUGUUGUUCACAAGAAAAAACAUAUUCAAAAUAUUAUGGAAUUAUAGGUGAAAAAUUAUGUUUUAAAAAUAGAAAAUGGGAAAAUAAUUUUAUUGAAUUAUUUAAAGAUUAUUAUAAUAAAAUUGAAAAUUUUGAAACAAAUCAAUUAAGAAAUUUAGGAAAAUUUUUUGGUCAUUUAUUUUCAUGUAAAGCUUUAAACUUGGGUAAUUCAUGGAAUGAAAUUAAAAUUACGGAGCAAGAUACAAAUCCUGUAAAAAGAAUAUUAUUGAAAUUUAUUUUUCAAGAAAUGGUUGAAGAAAUGAGUAUAAAUGAUUUAAAAAAAAUGGUUCUAUUGGAUAAAAAUUUAAAACCUUUUAUUAAUGGAGUUUUUCCAGUUGUUAAUAUUAAACUUGAAGAUAUUGAAAAUGUAAGAUUUUCAAUUAACUUUUUUACAGCUAUUGGAUUAGGUGUAUUGACUGAAGAAAUGAGGGACGUCCUAACAGGCUUGGAAGAAAUGUUAGAUAGAGGUAGAAGUAGAAGUGGGAGUUCAUCAAGAAGUAGACUGGGAUCAAGUUAUUCAAGAAGUAAUAGUAGAAGUUAUUCAAGAAGUAGAUCAGGUUCAAGACAAUCAUUUUCAAGGUCACCAAGUGAAGAAAGAGGUAGAGAACGUGAAACAAAAACUGCAAAAUUCAAUGAAUCAAGAACUCCUUCAAGAACUCCUUCUAGAGAACCUUUAAAACGUGCAAGAUCAAAUUCUGAAGAUUCUAGAUCUAAACUUACUAAAAUUUUAAACUCCUUAAAUUAA